AUGGCGCGACCUGCUCGACCUGUGGUGGCCGUGGCCACUAAGGCUGAGAAAGAUGCUGAUCUUGUUAUGGGUACAAAUAACAGCAGUAUCGCAUCCAAGCGCAGUGUCGAAACGAUCUACUACCCCGAACCGCAUUUCUUCCAGCAUUUCGUGAAAAAACCUCAAAGGCGAUCGCCGAUUAUCAAUCGUGGAUAUUGGUUGCGGAUGCAAGUUAUGGCAGAGACAGUGCGACAAUUUAUCGCGAAGGCUCCUGCGGACAAACCCAAAUUCGUGCUGAAUCUUGGAUGUGGAUAUGAUCCGUUACCCUUCAUACUCCUCAGCGAGGAGCAUAAAUCGAUGCGUAGUGGGCAUACCGUAUUCGUGGAUAUCGACUAUGAGAAGCUCAUGAUCCACAAGAAGAAUGCUAUUCGUCAAACUCCGGAGAUCACAGAUGUGCUUGGGGAUGUAGAAUUUGGAUCAGAUGAAGAUGGGAUUCAGAUCCAUAGUUCUCGUUAUCGCGCUGUGGGCUGCGAUCUGAAGAACUUGAAAAAGCUAGAAGAUGUUCUGCGAAACAACAUUCUCCCAUCUACGGAAUGCUCUGUGCUCUUCCUGGCCGAGGUGUCCUUAACAUACAUGGAUGUUCAUUCUGCCAACGAGGUUGUCAAAUGGGCAUCAAAAUUGACCAAUGACGUCCAAUUCUGUAUUCUAGAGCAGUUCUUCCCGGAUGGUCCUGAGCAUCCAUUUGCGAAGACUAUGAUGACUCACUUCAACAAGGUGGGUGCACCACUAUUUUCCAUCCACGAGUUUCCUUCCCUGGCCGAGCAGGAACAGCGAUUCAGGAAUGCUGGGUGGGCUGAAGCCAAAGCCAGGACCCUGUGGGAUUUAUGGUCGGAUGAUACAUUCGUACCCGAGUCUGUUCGUGUUGGUCUGGAUGCAUACGAGGCAUUUGAUGAAUGGGAAGAGUUCGCACUUUUCGCAUCUCAUUAUUUCUUGCUUAUAGCAUCAAACAAUUCUGAGGGCCCCAAACAAGCAAAUGAUAAUUCCCAUGCCAGUCUCGCAGAGCAGGAACUCUCCAACCUCUCUGAAAUGUUCAUUCUGAAGCCACAUUGCCCUGUCGAAAAACGUGGCAGGCGACGAUAUGGCGCCCUUGUCCCCGGUGGCAAAGAAAAUGAUAUACUUGGUCAUCACGGAGGACAAGGCGAACAAAACCGACUGUCCUCAACAGAUGUGUAUACGCCGGAAGAUGCCGACGAAUCACAAAAUACUUCCCUGUCGCGUGACAUCCCCGCCAGGAUGUGUCACACUAUUACCUCUCUGAAUGACAGGACGGGUAAAUGUUUCCUUAUUGGUGGCCGAACAUCCCCUGGUGCUCCUCUGGAUGAUUGCUGGUUGAAGCAGGACAACAGCUGGCGACAGGUCCAUUCUUUGCCCGAGCCAAGAUUCCGCCAUAACGCCACCCAGAUUUCAGUCAAUGAUGACUCCGGGUCAAUCCUUGUCUAUGGAGGCAAGACAAAGGAGAACGUUAUCCUGGACAGCUGGUUACUCUGGAAUGAGAAAGAUGAUCAAGGAUGGCAAAAAGUGGACACAAUAGGUCCACAGCCCGAGGCUCGUUACGGGGCAUCUUUCGCCAAAAUUAAUGAUAGCUUUGGUGUCUUGUUUGGAGGUAUUAGACACAAUGGAACCAUUCUGGAGGAUUUCUGGACCUGGACUCUUUCCAGGAAGAUUGAUGGGUCUUGGCAGGUUGAACUCGUAAACCUCACAGAAUAUGUGCAAGAGUCAUCACCGCGUCUUUUCCAAUAUCUUAGCAGAUUUGGUGCCACAGUCAAUACCAUCUCAACUGGGUUGAUUGUUGCUGGAGGAAUCAUUCCCCGUCAGUUAAUCACAGCAGAUACAGAAAUCUUGCUCCUGGAUACAAAAGGAAUUCUGGAAUCAUCGAAGGUGACGACACCAUGCAGCCAACCUCUUAUCUGUUCAAUCGGCCUAGGGAGUGCAUUUGCAGGUCCACGACCGUUACUCACCGGACACGUUUCCUGUAAUACGGAGUCCGAUAGUGUACUUUUCCUCGGUGGAGGCGCAACAUGCUACGCAUUCGGCACCUUCUGGACAGAAGGAACUUGGUCUUUGGAGCCUCAAGGCUCUGCAAAGGAGAAUUCAUGGGCGCUUGUGGUUCCCAAGACAGAGACACCAAUCGCCAUCAUCAAACCCAAAUCGAAGAAGCAACCGAAGAAGAAGCAAGGCCGUCCAGUUAACAAGAAGGCGAAGAAGCCCGUCCAAAUCACUAGGACACGAAUCGAAUCGGCAGCACAAUUCCAACAAAUCGUGGAUAAUGGCAAGCCAGUCGUGAUUGAGAGCUCGGAUUUCGGCCCCUGCACUGAGAUAUGGACCAAUGAAUACCUGAUCAAUUCUGUCGGCGCAGAUCGCCAGUUUGUGGUGCACGAGGCCCAAUCGGAUUCGAUGAAUAUCCAGUCCAAGAAUUUCACAUCUGUAACCAAGGACUUUGGUACUUUCUUAGAUGAAGUUCAUGCUGGCGGCCGUCAGUAUCUCCGAUCUAUCUCGGAGCAACCGUCCAAAUUACCAGAUAAUCUGGAAACGGAUUUCCCCUCUCUGCAGGGGGAUUUCAGGCUUCCCGAGUACAUGAACUUAGUCUCCAAUAAUGUUCAUAGUUCUCCAUUGCGGAUUUCGGGGCCAGUUACGAUGUCGCCCUAUUACAAUGUUAUGGCCAAUGUACUUUGUCAAAUCCGUGGUCAAAGACGCUUAAUCCUGUUCCCACCCAAGAAUGUCCAAUCUCUGCGCAUUACCCCCGGUACUUCCACUUCCACCCUUGACAUUUUCCAAACCGUUGGCCUGGAUGCCGCCACGGCUAUCCCAGGUACCUCGCCCCGCGAAGUCAUUCUGCAGCCAGGGGAGAUCCUCUUCAUCCCCCCAUUAUGGUUACACACGGCAUGCUCGGCCACAAGUGAGGUGAGUGUGGCUGUGGACGUCUUUUUCCGUAACCUUCCCAAAAGUUAUGCACCAGGACAUGAUUUCUAUGGCAAUCAGGAUCUACACGCAUAUGAGACCUCCAGAGAAGGAUUGCAGUGUAUUACACGAUCUUUCGAGGGAGUUCCGCCUGAUAUGGCACGUUUUUACCUGCGUCGCCUGGCACAGGAGUUACAAGAUAUUGCCGAUAAAUGA